AUGAAUAAUCCUCGUCAUUGGUGUACAAACGGACUUGCUGGAUUAAAUGAAAUACCAUCUUUUCUUCAGUCGGACUCGAUAUCAUUGAAUAGCAGCAAUGAUAAAGUCAAUCAAGAUACAAAUGUAUCAGAGAAUAACUUCUCAGUAAAUCCAGAACAUGCGAUCCGUGGAUCAACGCGUCAUAUUUAUCAGAAUGGCUGUCUGAUUGGAGUUUUGGAAAAAGAAAACCUCCUUACUACUGGUAAUUUAUAUCUUGAAUUCGGUCCUGGUCGUGCUGGAUUAUCUCAUUGGAUCAACAACUGCCUAGCGUCUUCUGAAUUAGGCUCUCGUUGUUACGAUCGGUUUCCAGGUGUAUGGCCGGUAAAGGCACCUGAAACUGACUUUAUAGUUGUGGAACUCAAUUCCGUUCGUAAUAAGAUGGAUAGACGGCAACGUGAUGAAGGGAAUUUUACACGUAUUAGAAUAGAUAUAGCUAACUUGGAUCUUACCUCUCAGGUAUAA